GCCCCGCCCGGCUCUGCCUUUGUCCCGCGGGCUGGCCGGCCAUGGCCGCGGCGGAGGUGCGCAAGUUCACCAAGCGGCUGAGCAAGCCCGGCACGGCGGCCGAGCUGCGGCACAGCGUCUCCGAGGCGGUGCGGAGCUCCCCGGCGCAGGAAAAAACGAAGGUGAGCCAGCCUUUGGACUAUGAGAAUGUGAUCAGCCAACGGAAAGCGCAGAUCUACAGCGAUCCCUUCCGGGACCUGCUCAUGUUUCCCAUGGAAGAUGUCUCACUCUCGGUUAUCCAUCGCCAGAGGAGAACGGUCCAUUCCUCAGUGCCAGAAGAUGCUUUGAAGAAGGCCCAGAGUCUCUUUGUCCAAGAGUGCAUUAAAGCCUACAGCUCAGACUGGCAUGUGGUGAACUACAAAUACGACGAAUAUUCGGGUGAUUUCCGAAUGCUACCGUGCAAAUCCUUCAGGCCAGAGAAGGUUCCGAGCCACGUCUUUGAAACUGAUGAAGACUUUGAUAAAGACGAGGACGCUUCCUCCCUCUGCUCCCAAAAAGGUGGGGUGAUCCGGCAAGGCUGGCUGUACAAGGCCAAUGUCAACAGUACCAUCACGGUGACCAUGAAAGUGUUCAAGAGAAGGUACUUCUACCUGACCCAACUUCCAGACGGCUCUUACAUCCUCAAUUCCUACAAAGAUGAGAAGAUUUCCAAGGAAUCCAAAGGAUGCAUCUUCCUGGAUUCUUGCAUAGAUGUUGUGCAGUGCCCCAAGAUGCGCCGAAACGCCUUUGAGCUCAAGAUGCUGGAUAAGUACAGCCACUACUUGGCCGCGGAAACGGAGUCGGAGAUGGGGGACUGGCUGGCCACUCUGCGGAAGGUCAUCCAGGCCAACGUGGAGGGCCUGGGGCCGGAGAAGAAGGAGGCGGCCGAGUUCCUGCCUGAUGAUGAGUCCAGCAGCCAUGGAAAGUUGGAGAACAUCUUGGAAAGCUUGGGGAGGAGCCUGCACCCAGAGCUGAUGAAGUACGGCCGAGAAACGGAGCAGCUCAGCAAACUCAGCCGCAGCGAAGGCAGGCAGAACCUCUUCUCUUUUGAUCCAGAAGUGCAGAGGCUCGAUUUCUCCGGACUGGAGGUAGACAUCCAACCCUUUGAGGAAAGGAGCUGGCCGCGCUUCCUGGUGAACUGCCACAGCCUGACCUUCAACCUCCUGGCCCAGCUGAAUGACAGCUCCAAGGACCCCCUUUCCAAUGUGGAGCCGUUCUUCCUCAGCCUGGCUCUCUUUGAUCUGAAAAACUGUUGCAAGAUCUCAGCAGAUUUCCACGUGGACUUAAACUCUGGCUCUGUGCGGGAGAUGCUGCACGACUCUUCCGACCAACAGCCUGGAAACAGCCCCGUCAACAGCCGAUCCCUCCACGGCGUGGCUGAGUCCAGUUUGCGCUACAUAACGCAGGGAGUCUUCUCUGUGACCAAUCCACACCCGGAAAUUUUCCUUGUUGCCCGGGUGGAGAAGGUGCUUCAAGGGAGCAUCGCCCACAGCGUUGAGCCCUACGUCAAGAAUUCAGAUCCUGCAAAGACAGCACAGAAGGUCCACAAGUUGGCCAAGGUGGUAUGCGGCCGUCUUGGACGGUACCGGAUGCCCUUUGCUUGGGCGGUCAGGUCUGUCUUCAAAGACUCCCAAGGCGCCUUGGACCUGGAUGGGAAGUUCUCUCCCCUGUAUAAGCAAGAGAGCAGCAAACUCUCCACGGAGGACCUCCUGAAAUUCUUGGCAGAGUAUAAGAAACCAGAGAAGACAAAACUACAAGUGAUACCUGGCCAACUGAAUGUGACAUUGGAGUGUGUCCCCUUGGAACUCACAAACUGCGUCACGGCUGCUUUCAUCCCCAUCAAGCCCUUUGACGGACAGGAGCAGCGUGGCAGUGUGGCUCUUGAGGUUGAUGAAUUUGUGCCCGAGGUGGCCAAGUAUUGCUGCCCGUUCACCACCUACAGAAACCGGCUCUAUGUCUACCCGUUGCACCUGAAGUAUGACAGCCAGAAGACGUUUGCCAAGGCAAGGAACAUUGCCAUCCGGGUGGAAUUCAAGGACUCCGACGAAGGAGACGCCAAAGCCUUAAAGUGCUUCUAUGGCAAACCCGGAGGGCCUCUCUUCACCUCGCAUGCCUACGCUUGUGUCUUGCACCACAAUCAGAGCCCGGAGUUUUACGAUGAGAUCAAAAUCCAGCUUCCCAUCCACCUCCACCAGAAGCACCACCUGCUGUUCACCUUCUACCACAUCAGCUGCGAAAUCAACACAAAGGGGACGGCGAAGAAACAGGACGCCGUAGAGACCACAGUUGGCUUUGCCUGGCUGCCUUUGCUGAAAGACGGGCUGAUUGUUACCUCUGAGCAGCAGCUCCCCGUCUCCGCCAACCUGCCAGCCGGCUACCUGAGCGCCGGAGAUACCGAGGCACGAAAGCCAAGCAUCGACGUCAAGUGGGUGGAUGGAGCCAAGGCCCUCUUCAAGCUGAGGCUACACCUGGAGUCCACCAUAUACACGCAGGAUCGUCACCUGCAUAAAUUCUUCCAGUAUUGCCAGACGAUUCAAGGUGGUGCCAAAGGUGUGCCAGGGGAACUUGUCAAAUAUCUGAAGUGUUUGCAUGCCAUGGAGAUCCAGGUCAUGAUACAGUUUCUGCCGGUGAUUCUUACGCAACUCUUCCGAGUCCUCAGCAGCCACCCAGAAGAGGAAGAGGUGGCCAUCAACAGCACUAUGGUUCUUCUCUACAUCGUGUCCAGGUGUCACGAGGAGAGUCUGGACCACUAUUUGCGGACCUUCAUCAAGUUCUGCUUUCAGCCUGAGAAGCCCAGUGGGCCCCAGGCUAAGAGGACGCACGAAAUCCUGGCGGGAGCCAUAUCAGCAAUUCUCAAGCAGUCCGCGGAUUUCUUGGCCAUCAAUAAAAUGCUGAAGUAUUCGUGGUUUUUCUUUGAAAUCCUGGUGAAGUCCAUGGCUCUUUAUCUUCUGGAUGAGAACAAGAUUAAGCUUCCCAGGCCACAGAGGUUCCCGGAGUCCUACGGCCACGUGCUGCAUUCGUUGCUGCUCUCCAUAAUCCCACACGUCAACAUUCGCUACAGCGAAAUCCCAGAAGAGUCCAGAAAUGUCAACUUCUCCUUGGCCAACCUCUUGAAGCGAUGUUUGACCUUCAUGGACCGAGGUUUUAUCUUCAACCUGAUCAACGACUACAUUUCUGGGUUCAGUCCCAAAGACCCAAAGCUCUUGGUGGAAUACAAGUUUGAAUUUCUGCAGACCAUCUGUAACCACGAGCACUACAUUCCGCUCAAUUUGCCGAUGAAUUUUGCCAAGCCAAAGUUCCAGCGGACGCAUGAUGUCAACCUUGAGUACAGCCUAAGCGAUGAAUAUUGCCGCCACCAUUUCUUGGUGGGGGUGCUCCUACGGGAGACGUCCAUCGCCCUGAAGGACAACUCGGACGUCCGAUACUUGGCCAUCAGCAUCUUGAAAAGCCUCCUCAUCAAGCAUGCCUUGGAUAACAGAUACCAGCACAAGGUAGGAAAGGCAAAACACUGCAAGAUUUUCAGAGCUUGCCUUCUGGUUAUCCUCCUGAACUUGGCUUGGAGCCACGAUGUUCCCUUCCCUGAACCCGCUCCCUCUUCCGUGCAGGCCUCCCGCGAUGAAUUCCUGUGCAGCUUCGCCUCCCCUUCCAACAGGUCCAGCCUCAUUGUGGAUAAAGACUCACUUUAUGGCGCCGGCUUCCAGAAUGGCCUUUUUUUGAAAAGGGAAGAUUCGCGGGGGUCCCUCAUUUCGGAAGGAACGGCCGGCUCCCCCGAUCAGCCUUCCUCCGGAGAAAAUAUGCGGAAAAGUUCCACGCGCAGCAGCCUCUCCCAUUUUGGGCGGCUGGACCAGUACGAGAUCCGCAGCCUGCUCGUCUGCUAUCUUUACGUCAUCAAGAUGCUGUCUGAAGACACCUUGUUGUCCUACUGGAACAAAAUAUCUCCCCAGGAGCUGAUGAACGGCUUGGUCCUGCUAGAAGUCUGUCUCUUCCACUUCCGAUAUGUGGGGAAAAGGAACAUUGCCAGGGCCCAGGAUGGCUGGCUGUCCAAACACGCGAGCAUUGACCGGAAAUCCCAAACGAUGCCCGUCCUCCGCAGCCGGGCGAGCACCAUGCAGUCCCGACUUCAGCACCUGAACAGUCUGGACAGCUCUUUCACGCUGAACCACAGUGCCGGCACAUCGGAGGCAGACAUUGUCCAUCAGGCCCUGCUGGAAGGCAACCUGACCACGGAAGUGACCUUGACAGUGCUGGACACCAUCACCUUCUUCACUCAGUGCUUCAAGAACCAGCUUUCGAACAACGACGGGCAUAACCCGCUGAUGAAAAAGGUGUUUGAUGUCCACCUGGCCUUCCUCAAGAAUGGGCAGUCAGAGGCGGCCCUGAAGCACAUCUUCGCCUCCCUGAGAGCCUUUAUCAACAAGUUCCCUGCGGCCUUCUUCAAGGGAAGGGUGACCAUGUGCUCUGCCUUCUGCUACGAGGUCCUGAAAUGUUGCACGUCCAAGCUCAACUCCACGCGGAGCGAGGCCUCUGCCCUCCUCUACCUUCUCAUGAGGAACAACUUCGAGUUCACCAAGCGGAAGACCUUCUUAAGGACUCACCUGCAGAUCAUUAUUGCAGUGAGCCAGUUGAUUGCCGACGUGGCGCUCAGUGGCAGCUCACGUUUCCAGGAAUCACUCUCCAUUAUCAAUAAUUUUGCCAACAGCGACCGGCCGGUGAAGGCAACUGCGUUCCCUUCCGAAGUCAAGGAUCUGACAAAGAGGAUCCGCACGGUGCUAAUGGCCACUGCACAGAUGAAAGAACACGAGAAGGACCCUGAAAUGUUGGUGGACCUGCACUUCAGCUUGGCCAAGUCUUACGCCAGCACUCCGGAGCUGCGGAAGACCUGGCUGGACAGCAUGGCCAAGAUCCACGUCAAAAAUGGGGAUUUCUCAGAGGCGGCCAUGUGCUACGUUCACGUUGCAGCCUUAGUGGCAGAGUUUCUUCACAGAAAAAAGUUAUUCCCUACCGGAUGCUCCUCUUUCAGGAAAAUCACGCCCAACAUUGAUGAGGAAGGUGCGAUGAAGGAAGAUGCAGGGGUGAUGGAUGUUCAUUACACCGAGGAGGUGCUGGUGGAGCUGCUGGAGCAAUGUGUCGAUGGCUUGUGGAAAGCCGAGCGAUACGAGGUCAUCGCCGAGGUGGCCAAGAUGAUCAUCCCCAUCUACGAGAAGCGGCACGAGUUUGAGAAACUGACCCAGGUCUACCGAACGCUCCACGGGGCAUACAGUAAAAUCCUGGAAGUGAUGCAGAGCAGAAGGAGGCUGCUGGGCACCUACUUCCGAGUCGCGUUCUAUGGACAGGCUUUCUUUGAGGAGGAAGAUGGGAAAGAGUAUAUCUACAAGGAGCCCAAAUUAACUGGCCUCUCGGAGAUUUCCUUCCGGCUGCUGAAACUCUACGGAGAGAAAUUUGGAGCCGAGAAUGUCAAAAUCAUCCAGGAUUCCAACAAGGUGAACCCCAAAGAUCUAGAUGCCAAGUACGCUCACAUUCAGGUGACUUACCUGAAGCCGUUUUUUGACGAGAAGGAGCUUUUGGAGAGGAAGACGGAGUUCGAAAGGAACCACAACAUCAGCCAAUUUGUCUUCGAGACCCCGUACACCUUGUCUGGCAAGAAACACGGAAACGUGGAGGAGCAAUGCAAGAGGCGGACUAUCCUCACUACGUGCAACUCUUUCCCAUAUGUUAAGAAAAGAAUCCCCGUCAGCUGUGAGCAGCAGGUCAACCUGAAACCAAUUGACGUGGCAACGGACGAAAUCCGGGAGAAGACCUCCGAGUUGCAGCAGCUCUGUGCUUCGCCAGAUGUGGACAUGAUCCAGCUGCAGUUGAAACUUCAGGGCGCCGUUUCGGUGCAAGUCAACGCUGGCCCCCUGGCCUACGCCCGAGCCUUCUUGGACGACAAGCACUCCAACAAAUAUCCCGCGAAGAAGGUGGCUGAACUCAAGGACAUGUUCAGGAAAUUUAUCCAAGCCUGCGGAAUCGGCCUGGAAUUCAACGAAAGGCUGAUCAAGGAAGACCAAGUUGAAUAUCACGAGGAGCUGAAGUCCAACUUCAGGGAGAUGGUGAAAGAGCUCUCGGAAAUCCUGCAUGAACAGAUCUACCAAGAAUACCCCGGGCAUCCGUCCUGGCUGCCCAACACCCUACACGUCUUCUGUGCCAUCAGCGGGACUUCCGGGGAAAGAUACGGCUCCUUCUGAAACCUACCUGGGGCUUCAGGAGGGGACCAGGAGAACUUCUGGAUGCUUGCCAGACCUUUCUCAGGAAUAUUCUGAAUGCUGCCUGAAGCGGGGGAACCUCCGAUGCCUAAGGGGGGCUCUCCCCGUCCCUCUUCCUCACAGGGUACUUAUUUGAACCGGGAAAGUGCCUCCUGCCCUCUAUUUUCUACCUU